GAGAGUGCAUUAUGUGGAGCUGAUGGUUGUGUGUAAUUGCUGGACUGGGAGUGGUCUCUAUGGAAGAUGCAGUGAAACUGGCACAUGGCAGAAAGCUCUGACGGAUUUCAGGACAGCGAUGAAGUGAGGCUUUUUGAGCAGAAAGUUGAGUGAGUGAGCAGCCGGAUUCUUCUGGAAAGCUUUGGAAUGAUGAAAAUCAGAUUAUCUGCAUAAAGGAAAAUCUUUUAGGAAUCAACUGAAGAUAAGUUUAUGACAUUUUGUGUUUUUUCCUUCUUUUUAUUCUUUGAAAACUUCUUUAAGCCUUUGGGUUUCUUCUGGAAAACUUGGGAAUGAUGGUUUAUUGGAAAAAUAUGUUCGGCUGCAAGAGUAAAACCUUCCAGGAAUCAUCUGAAAGUCAAAUAGAACAGUUUUACAUGGUUUGAGUUUAUGAAGUUUUGAGGAGUGUUUUCACUUUUAUUCUAUAAAAACGUCUUUAAACCUGUGCCUCAUGAGUUUGUUUGGAGGAAUGGAACACUAUCUGUGAUGUGAAUUUCUUCUGGAAAACUUGGGAAUGAUGAUUUAUUGGAAAAUCUGAUCGGCUCCAUGAGCAACAGCAGAAGACAGCUUAGACAGUUUCAUACAGAAACUGAAUGAAAGACCAUACAAAAGAAGAGAUACAGUGAACGAUUAAUGAAACUAAUUUGAAGUCCACUUUGAACUCUUAUUAAUGAAACUGCUCUGAGAUCCAGUUUGGACUCCUUUUCCUUUUCUGAGCCAUAUAUUGAUCAUUAGUCGCCGUAUAGCGGUCAUUAGCGGCCUUGGGCAGAUGCACCGAUGGCGAUGCAGGGGAUGGAGCUGCUGGCCAUGGCCGUGGUCAUCAUCCUCUUCUUCAUGAUCCUGAAGCAGUUUGGCUUGUGGGAGCCGCUGUCUCUGGAUGAUGACAGCAGUGAUAGUGAGCUGGAGCUGGCCAUGGUCAGACACCAGCCAGAGGGCCUGGAGGAGCUGCAGGCUCAAACUAAGUUCACUAGGAAGGAGCUCCAGUCGCUCUACAGGGGCUUCAAAAACGAGUGUCCUAGUGGAUUAGUUGAUGAGGAAACCUUUAAGACGAUCUAUUCCCAGUUCUUCCCUCAAGGAGAUGCAACCACAUACGCACAUUUUCUCUUCAAUGCCUUCGAUAUGGACCGGAAUGGCUCCAUACGCUUUGAGGACUUUGUGAUUGGUUUGUCUGUGUUGCUGCGUGGUUCAGUAACGGAGAAGCUGCGCUGGGCCUUUAACCUGUAUGACAUCAAUAAGGAUGGAUGCAUCACUAAAGAGGAAAUGUUGGCCAUCAUGAAGUCCAUCUAUGACAUGAUGGGCCGCUACACAUCCCCCAGCGUAAAAGAAGAUGCUCCAUUUGAACACGUGGAGAAGUUUUUCCAGAAAAUGGACAGAAACAGAGACGGAGUGGUGACCAUUGAGGAGUUCAUCGAGACGUGUCAGAAGGAUGAGAAUAUAAUGAGCUCCAUGCAGCUGUUUGAGAAUGUUAUCUGACCACAGCAGAGGCAGCGCUGUUAGAGACCAAAACCCAGCAACCAACCCCCCCAACCCUUCCCCAGCAUGAGACAGCAGAUGUAAAUAUUAAAGUGAUACUUCAGCCAGAAAUCAAAAUUAACCCCCAAAUGAGCCAAGAUAUGUUUGGUGGGGAGAAAUUAGGGAAAUUAGAUUUUUUGCCAAACUAUCACUUUAAUAUGAUAAAGAACUUUAAUUCCACAGACAUAUUGGCUGUUAUUAUUCUGUAUCUUGCCAGAUGUUUGCUUGUAUAUAUGUAAAUACUGACUUGAACUGGAUGUAUGGCAUCAAAUAAACAAGCGUUUGCAUGCUUGACUCAAA